AGGGGGCGGCGGCAAAGGGGGCGGGACGUCCGUGUUCCUUGUCGCUCGCCGCAGCGCCUGGAGCCCGGGAAGAGGUGGUUGUAAGGGGAACGAGCUCGCGGCUCUCCGGCUUCCGAGGCUUGAGGUUUGUCGAAGGGAGGGGGCGGCGAGCGAGAAGAAUCCGCUGCAGCCGGUCCUCGGCGACUCACCCGCUGACCUCCGCGCGACGUACCCGCCGCCGCUGUUAGUUGGAGUGAAAUUAAUCCUUAGAAUUGGAGAGCGUACAAAGAAGACAAAAGUCAGUACUGUCCAUGAUAAAUGUGAUCUCCAAGUCCUGACUUGUGCACCGUGCCAAGCCUUCCAAAACAAAUCAUUGGAUUCCAAGAAUGUAGGAGAUUAUGGUCCCCAAAGGAAAAAGAUCCUCAUUUGACAUAGCGCAGCAAAGAAAUGGUUAUGGAGAAGCCCAGUCCGCUGCUUGUAGGGCGGGAGUUUGUGAGGCAAUAUUAUACUUUGCUGAAUAAAGCUCCAGAGUAUUUGCACAGGUUUUAUGGUAGGAAUUCUUCCUAUGUUCAUGGUGGAGUAGAUGCUAGUGGAAAGCCCCAGGAGGCUGUUUAUGGCCAAAAUGAUAUACACCACAAAGUAUUGUCUCUGAACUUCAGUGAAUGUCAUACUAAAAUUCGUCAUGUGGAUGCUCAUGCAACCUUGAGUGAUGGAGUAGUUGUCCAGGUCAUGGGUUUGCUGUCUAAUAGCGGACAGCCAGAGAGGAAGUUUAUGCAGACCUUUGUUUUGGCUCCUGAAGGAUCUGUUCCAAAUAAGUUUUAUGUUCACAAUGAUAUGUUUCGUUAUGAAGAUGAAGUAUUUGGUGAUUCUGAACCAGAACUUGAUGAAGAAUCAGAGGAUGAAGUAGAAGAGGAACAAGAAGAAAGGCAACCAACUCCAGAACCUGUGCAGGAAACUAACAGUGGUUACUAUGAAGCUCACCCUGUGACUAAUGGCAUAGAGGAGCCUUUGGAAGAAUCCUCUCAUGAACCUGAACCUGAGCCAGAAUCUGAAACAAAGACUGAAGAGCUGAAACCACAAGUAGAGGAGAAAAACUUAGAAGAAUUAGAGGAGAAGUCUACUUCUCCUCCUCCUGCUGAACCUGUUUCUCUGCCACAGGAACCACCAAAGGCUUUCUCCUGGGCUUCAGUGACCAGUAAAAACCUGCCUCCUAGUGGUACUGUUUCUUCCUCUGGAAUUCCACCCCAUGUUAAAGCACCAGUCUCACAGCCGAGAGUGGAAACUAAACCAGAAGUUCAGUCUCAGCCACCUCGUGUGCGGGAACAACGACCUAGAGAAAGACCUGGUUUCCCUCCUAGGGGACCAAGACCAGGCAGAGGAGAUAUCGAACAGAAUGAGUCUGACAACCGUAGAAUAAUUCGAUACCCAGAUAGUCAUCAACUCUUUGUUGGUAACUUGCCACAUGACAUUGAUGAAAAUGAACUGAAAGAGUUCUUCAUGAGUUUUGGAAACGUUGUGGAACUUCGCAUCAAUACCAAAGGUGUUGGGGGAAAGCUUCCAAAUUUUGGUUUUGUGGUUUUUGAUGACUCUGAACCAGUUCAGAGAAUCUUAAUUGCAAAAGUAAGUAGCUUUAAGGGCAUAAUUCAAGACUUUAUUAUUCCUAUUGUAUUUAGUAUUAAUUUGAUACAUUUUAAAACCAGAGAAAGUCUGGUUAAAGCUAAAAUAGUUUUCCCAUGGAAUGGUAUUUAUGCAAAGCACAAAGAUUUGUUAGUAGUUUUAAAGUCUGAGGUAUGGAUUAUUUCAAGUUUCAUUAUUUGCUCUGGUAAAGCUUUGAAUAGAUUGCAUAUUAAGAAUUUCAUCAAAGAUUUUUUUGUCUCAGGAUUUUCUUCCUUAUGUUUGGGUUUGAUAAUACAUUACUAUUACUAUCUCACCUGCCCAUGUAAAUUUUUUUUCUUCCUUUUUAAAGCCAAUUAUGUUUCGAGGGGAAGUACGUUUAAAUGUGGAAGAGAAAAAGACAAGAGCUGCCAGAGAGCGAGAAACCCGAGGUGGUGGCGAUGAUCGCAGGGAUAUUAGGCGCAAUGAUCGAGGUCCUGGAGGUCCCCGUGGAGUAGUGGGCGGUGGAAUGAUGAGGGACCGGGAUGGAAGAGGACCCCCUCCAAGAGGUGGCAUGGCACAGAAACUUGGCUCUGGAAGAGGAACCGGGCAGAUGGAAGGCCGCUUCACAGGACAGCGUCGCUGAAGCUCCACUGUUGGCAAAGUCUUGGCAGUGGUACAUUAUUCAUCGUGUUUGCAUUCUUGUUAAUUUUUUUUGGCUUUGGAAUGUGACACAGCCUUUUUGAUCAUUUCUUUGAUGUGAAAAGCAUCUUUGGUUAUCAGUUAAAUUGAGGUGGACAUUAUUUCCCCAAUUUUACAGCAGGAUUCGCAUUGUUAAUUUAUAAAUCUAGACUUGGAGAAUUAAGGACUGAGAAAUGACCAUAUCUUAAACUGUCUACAACAAAAUGAACUUAAGAGGACACGCCCAACUGAAUUCAGGUCCUUUGAGUCAAAAAAAACCCCCUCUGCUGCACAUUUUGUUUAAGUGUUACUGUUUCUACCUGUUAAUGUUGGAAACACAAAUAGUGCAAUUUGUGCAAUUGGAGAAUCUUGCCUUUUUUCUUGGCUCCCCCCAAAAAUACAAACCAACAGAAACUUGUUAUGCACUCAUCAAAAUGCACUAAUGGGUACUCUGAAUUCAUUAACAUUGACAUCUGCAACAGGAGGCAACAGGGGAAAAAAAUCUUUCAUCUUUUUUUCCAGUAGAGCAUAGUUUGUGAAAUGAUGAGGGCAUUUUAUCUGCUUGCUGUGACCAGCGUGUGUACACAUAAACCUUAACAAGACUACAAGUAUAUUCCAGAAGGAAAUCAUUUAGUUAUGAACUAAACAAAAAUCAGAACUUCAAAUGCUAUGGUCUUGAAUAUUAGACCAGAUUUAGUAGCUCCAUAUCUCAGAUUUUUCUACCUGCCCCUCUUCAGUACAGGGAUGGCUGGCUGCUCAACACACUCCUCCCCCUUUUCCUUUCUUUAAGCUGUGUACAGUGAAAAUUUGUCUUUACUGUAUUUUUGUUCUCUGGUAAUGUAAAAAGCAUGAUGGUGCCUUCUAUUAAUACAUCAUUCCAGUCUUGCUGGUAAUUUUGUACAGUAUAGUGUAUGAAUUGCUGUGCUGCAAAGCCAAACAGCUGCAAAAUGUUGAAAAAUCAUUGAUGUGUAUAAAAAUUGCAGUAUCUUUAAAAUCAGUAAAAUCGACUAGCAUAAUCGACUAGCAUAUUUACCUUGUUCUUCAGUUAACAACUUUGUGUUCUCUGUGGGAGGGAGUCUUGUGUGUUUAGAGUGGGGGGAGAGAGAAGGAGGAGGAAGUCAGUUAUUUGAGUAAAUUUCUUGUUGACUUUUCUCUUGGCCUGAAUGUCAACAUUGAAGUGUAUCACUUGAAAGGUGUUUGGAAAAGUCAAAUCGACUUCUUGUACAUUUUUUAGCGACAUUUAAAAAGCAGUCAGAUUCCAUAAAUGGCAAGUAAACCCGAAGUGAGGAUACUGCAAUUUUCAGUGAAAGGAACAGCAGCUCUUAAGUGUUUGCAUUUUCUAUUUGGGGGGCAGGGAACGGUCAUUCAUUUUGCACAAUUCUUGAACUGAUGUCAGCACCCGAGUGGCUCUGAAUUUUAAGUCUGGGACAGCAUCUUUUAUUUUUACAUGAAUCUCUAAACAAUUCUGUGGGCAAAGUUUGUAGCUACUGGAUUAUUGUCUGUCUUUAGAGCAAGUUCCAGUAAACCGCAAGUAUGGCAAAGGAUAUCCAAUUUAUGCUUGGAGCAUUCGGUACCUAUCAGUUUCUGAUGUUUCAGGCUAGGAGUGGGGUAAAUAAGUGUGACCGCUUAAAGCUGCUGUUAGCAUGGAAGACUUCUCCAUUCUAUCUUAGUAAAAACAGACAAAAAAUGCACUUGACAUAAUAGCAAACUGGUUCUGAAUUAAGAGACUGUUUGCUAUUUAUUUAGUAAACUAGCAAAUGAUGCACAUAUUUUGCUUUUCAUGUACUGGGCAAUAUAAAUAAAAUUAAAUCUGUCCCUUUUUUCCCCCCUUGAAUGAGGUCUUCCAUGUUUGAGGAAAAGUCUUGCACUAUUGCAUAUAUUUUGGGGACACAGAUUUCUCAGUUUCCAUUUUGGGGGGGGGGGGGGUUUAAGCAUAUUUUUUUCCUGUUUGAAUACUUUUACACUUUCUGAUGUAUAGUACUUGAAGUUCUUACCAGAAAAUUACUUUUGAAUUUUGAAGCCUUUAUUCAAACUGCUUUUAAAUAAGUGGUUUAUUGUCAGUGUUUCGUUUUGUUUUUUUAUAGCAUAUUCUUCCUCUUCUCUUUCAUUUUUUUCUCCUUCCCGUUUAUAUAUGUCUGUGUGUAUAUGUGUGUGUGUAUACACAAACACACAAAUUAUAUAUUAUAUAUAUAUAUAAUUUCCAAUCCAAGAUAUUGCCCUGCCACCCAUGAAAAUGGCACCAAAAGUAAUGAUCAAUGUUAAGUGUAAUAGGUAAAUUAAAGCAAAGAGCCAUUCAGCUUCAGUCUUUACGUACCAUGAAUAAAACAUAAGAACAUCACAUGGAGAAGUUUACAUGGUGAUUGUUCACCUGCAGUACUGUGGACUUUUUAACAUUUUGUCCCUUUUCAGUGAACCAGAGUAAAAAUAUUCAUCUACCAUUACUGUUAUUUGCUGUUUUCCUUUUUUCUUUUUUCUUUUUUUUUUUUUCUGGAUGGUAAUAUUCUAUUCUAUCCUUAUGACACUAUUGCAACCAAAUUGGCUUUACCAUCUUGGCUUUAGUAGGUAUAGAAGACAAUGGAUUACCAUCUUUAUUGCUGUAAUGUGUUAAGCAUUAUAUGCUAGUAGUAUCUAGUUUAAUUGUUUCAGGUGGAAAGUAUUCUUUGAGUUUCCAUUUUGAAUGUGUUUGGACUAAACAAACAAUAAACUACUGAUGUCUGCAGCAUUUA